AUGCAAAUCCUCAUCACCGGCGCCGCAGGAUUCAUCGGCCAACUCCUCGCCAAAGAACUCCUCAACGACCCCUCCUACACCGUCACCCUAACGGACAUCAACCCACCCCCGAUCCCCGACGGCGUCACAUACCCGCAGAAUGCCCGCAGCGUGACCACCGACCUGCUCCACGGCGGCGCCCUCUCCUCCGUCGUCACCCCAUCCCUAGACGCCGUCUACGCCUUCCACGGGAUCAUGUCCUCCGGCUCCGAAGCCAACUUCGACCUAGGCAUGAGCGUCAACGUCGACGCGACACGGAACCUCCUCGAAGCCCUCCGCCACACCUGUCCGGGAGUACGGGUGAUCUACUCCUCCAGCCAGGCCGUCUACGGACAGCCCCUACCAGCCAUAGUCAACGACACCAUCACCCCAACCCCGCAGUCCUCCUACGGCGCCGAGAAGCUCAUCUGCGAGACGCUCAUCAACGAAUACACCCGCCGGGGCUUCAUCACCGGCUUUACUCUACGGUUUCCCACCAUCUCAGUCCGACCAGGCUUACCCACCGCCGCCGCGUCGUCCUUCCUGUCCGGUAUGAUCCGCGAGCCGCUGGCCGGGAAAGAGUGCGUUAUUCCGGUGGAGGAUCGCGAGUUCAGAUCGUGGCUGUGUUCGCCCAGGACCCUACUUUGGAAUCUGGUCCACACGCUGUCGCUGCCUGGGGAUGUCCUGCCGUCGCAUAUUCGGCAGGUGAAUGUUCCGGGGAUUUGUGUGAGCGUGCAGGAGAUGAUGGAUGCGUUGGAGAGGGUAGCCGGGAGGGAGAAGUUGGCGCUCUUGAGGGAGGAGGAGGAUCCCGCCCUCAGACCGAUGCUGGAGUCUUGGCCGACGCGGUUUGAUAAUCAGCAGGCGGUUUCGUUGGGGUUUAGGAGGGAUGAGUCGUUUGAGAGGGCGGUUAGGGAUUAUUUGGUUGAUAGGUGA